AUGUCCAACCCACGCAUUGAAGAGCUCCCCGACGAGCCCGAGAAGAAGAACGUCCAGAUCGAGGAGGAUGAGUCCAGCGACGAGUCCGAGGGCGAGGAGGGCGAGGCCAACAUCCCCGCGGGCGCCUCGGUCGCUGUCCACUCUCGCAACGAGAAGAAGGCUCGCAAGGCCAUCGCCAAGCUCGGACUGAAGCACAUUGACGGCAUCACUCGCGUCACUCUCCGCCGACCGAAGAACAUCCUCUUCGUGAUCAACCAGCCCGAUGUCUACAAGUCCCCCUCAAGCAACACCUGGAUCAUCUUCGGUGAGGCCAAGAUCGAGGACUUGAACUCCCAGGCCCAGGCUUCCGCUGCCCAGCAGCUCGCCCAGGCUGAGGCCGCUUCCCACGACCACUCUGGCCACGACCACGACCAUGACCACAAGGGCAAGGGCAAGGCCGUCGAGGACAAGAAGGACGACGAGGAAGAUGAGGAGGAGGAGGAAGAGGACGACGAGGAGGUCGACGACUCUGGUCUCGAGGCCAAGGACAUUGAGCUUGUCAUGCAGCAGGCCAGUGUCUCGCGGAAGAAGGCCGUCAAGGCGCUCAAGGAGAACGACAAUGAUAUUGUCAACUCCAUCAUGGCCCUCUCGAUAUAGUCACAUGCAACCUACGAGGUGCAGGAACACAUGGCUGUCUGAGCAGCGCGCAGACUUAGAGUCCCGCUUACUCACCUAAAGAGACAUAAAAUCAAUCUUCG